UUAUAGACUCUUUGGGGCUGGUUACCUCUAUGGUGUCAGAGUUUGUCUGCUUGUGUAAUUUGCGCAAAUUUAAAAUUAUUUUCUGCAAAUACGAUCAUUCAAAUGUCAGACGCGUUACGUGGCACAUGGUUGUAGUUGUUGGCGAAGUGGAAAGACAAGAAACAGCUGUAAGGUGAAAGUAGUUGUGUUGACUUUUGACGCACCUAUACCUGUAUUGUUUGGCAGGCUGUUUCACUUUUGAGCUACGUGUCUUACCUCAAAUCCAAAGGAAAUUUUAAUUUAUUUCAAUUAUGGGAGCAUAUGGAGUAAAUGGGUUGCCCGAAGGUGAUGAGCCCCUGUACAACCCUGCCCUCCUCAGGAGACUCAACUUCUCCCAAGUCUCAAGCCUCUUCAGCCCACCUAUAUCCGCUCUCAAUCCCGGAAACUCUCUGUUGGUUCGGCCACUCUGUCGAGGGGACUACGACAGAGGAUUUUUGCCGCUCUUGUCGCAGCUCACAAGUGUGGGGCACAUUUCUAAGGAGCAGUUCGUUAGACGCUUCUUCGCCAUGAAGGCGUGCCCUGACACCUACUUCGUAACUGUCGUGGAGGACACGCAGACACACAAGGUCGUGGCUGCUGCCUCGCUCAUCACGGAGCUCAAGUUCAUCCACGAUUGUGGGCUGAGAGGUCGGCUAGAAGAUGUGGUGGUCAACGGGGACUACCGUGGGAAGCAAUUGGGAAAAUUGAUUGUUAUGACUGUCACACUGCUGGCUAAGGAACUUGGAUGUUACAAGAUGUCCUUGGAUUGCAAAGACAAGUUGAUUCCUUUCUACACUUCACUGGGUUACGUUGACGAGCCUGGAAAUGCCAACUCUAUGACGAUACGAUUCGACUCGUCCAGCAUCCUCAAGGGUUCUGAUAUCACUGCGAAACUCGCAAGUGUGGCAUCUUCAAACACAAGCCACAGCUGACACAUUACCCAGCAUGCAAAGUCAUCUAACCUGCAUGAAUGGGAACAUGAUGAGGUCAUGUUUAGACCUUUAUGGGUGAAGUUGCCAAUGCCAUUUUUCAUUGCAUAAUUUUUAUCUUGGACAAGUUCACAAAAAAAAAAAAAGGAUGAAAUACAUAUGUAUUGUAUGUAUUGAUUGUAAGUUGAAACAUCAGACAUGUUUGUAAUUAUGAUGUGGUUGUGAAAAGACUAAUUUCAUUCUGUCCAUAAGCUGGGAAAAUAUGCUGGUGACAAAAUGCUACAACUUUUUAGCUAAAUAAAACAAAAAACUACCUGGUUUUCCAAUUUCAUUAUCUCCUCAGAAUUAAAUCCAGAUACAUAGGUACUCCUUUUCAUCGGUAUGCUAGUUACUCAGGCAAAUGUUAUCUAAAAGCAACAUCAACUGUGGAUCAAUUUCAGUACUUCAGUUCAUGGAAAUAAUUCAAGUGAUGUCAUUCAGUAAUUUUUUUCACAGUAUUUUAACAUAUUUUAUUGUUCUGAAUAUGGUGUGAGACAUUGCAAACUAUUUUAUUUAUUGCUACAUUAGAAUUGCUCAGCUAAUAUUAUUUAUAAAACAUUAUAUAAAAUCUAUUGCUGGGCACUCUUAUAAAAUUCAGUGUACUUAAUCAUGUGUUGGUUCUAUUGAAUAGGAGGAUUGGUGUACUUAAAAUUGUGCUGUUUGAAUUUUCUGUGUAGGUAUUUUAAAUAUACUUAUGGUGCAUAAUUUGUAUACUUGCGUUUGUUUUUGUAUUUGAAUGUCAUAGUAUUUGUUUUUAAUUUUAAGGAAAAUUAUAAUAGAUUUAUGAAAUUUUAUCUAGAGCUUGUAAAAUGUUUAUUUUAGUAUAACUUUACAACAAAAUCAAAAGGAAUUCCUAUAAUAUGGCUGUGUGUAAAACAAAAUAUUUAAAAAUUUUGGUUAAAAAUUUAAUUUUAAAAAAACUUUGUUAGAAACCAUUUGUAUUGGCUUUGUAUGUGUUUCUGUUUUAAUAAUUUGUGUUUUAAAUAUUGCAUAAUGUUUUAUGUUUAAUGAAUUGUAAAAUUAGCAAUGGUCAGAAGUAAAAAUUAUUUUUGUAUCGUAGUUGAUUCAAAAAUACUCAAUACUUUUGAUUCAUCCAGCUUGGUUUAUCUUUUCUUUAUAGUAUAUAAUUUUGCUGUAAAAUUAUAAUUAUGCAGUUUAGUACUAUACAGUAUUUAAAAAAAACUGUGAUUGAUAAGAUUUUUAUACUUACCGUACCUUAAGUUAUGGCCAACAUUUGUGUCUUGUAAAAUGUUGGUAUUUAACUGUGUAUACAUAGAGUUAUCCUUUUGAAAGUUAAGAUGGCAGCAUUCCUAAAAAAAAAUAUUUAACUACUGAAGAUUUAGAAACAAUUUAGGGGAAUUUUUUUUUUUUUUUCAUUGGUUACACUGUAAUGUUGAUAGAUGUCCCUGAAAACUUGAAACUUGAAAAAGUUUGAAUAUAAAAUUUUCAGUAAUUUUUGUGUAUACUCUGAUAUACCUCUGGGAAGUGAUGCCUGUUUGUCAGUAUUAGACUUUAGGUUUGUAUUCUCUUUCUUACCCAAAAAAUCUAAUUUGUUUUGUCUUGGGAAAGUCUGAAGCUAGAUGAAAACACUAGUUCCAGUUUACAUUCUGAUUUAUUUCAUAAGCUUGUAUGAGAGUGGCUAUGAUCAUGUUAAAGCCAGCCCCACACGAUACCUAUGUUCUGUUAGCACGCACGCCUGCGCUCAUGUAGGUAAACAUUUCAGCACCCUUCCAAGGGGCCUGGCUCUGAGUAUAAAAGCUUUAAUACUCAAAAGUCUUAACUAAAACCACACUAGAACGUGUUCUAUUUUUCUUCUAUAUCCACGAGCCGAAGUCGUCAAGAUUGCAGACCCACGUGUAGCAACAUAAACCAGUAUAAAGGCAUUUUUCUUAAACAUGGGAGGUCAUACCAAAUGUAUUGGUGUGCCAAAUGAAACUUAAAUGGUAGUGAAACUACCCUGGAAUAUUUUUGGUAGACUAAAAUAGUCAUAGAAAGAAGUUAUCACCUGUUUUAAAAUUCUAUAACAGGCAUUACACUAUUGAUAAUACAAUACAUAGUCUCCUUCAAAAGUUUUAUUGGUGAGAAGCGCAAGGUUCGUGGUCCAAAUCUCAUCACUGGUAAAACUUUUUUUAAUAACAGAUUACUGGAUUAUAAAAAUUGUGCUUAAAGCAUACAUGUAUUAAUACAUUUUACUUGUUUAUCUAAUUGCUAUAUUAUUAAUUACACAGCUCAACCAAUUGGUUUGAGUAUUUCAUGUUAGGUAGCCUAUAUCCUUUAUUUUUACUUAAAAUUAAUUUAUAUUUUCACAAGUAAUUUAAACAAAAAAAUUGAUUAUCUAAUUAAAAUACCUAUGUUUAUUAGGUAAUGAAUGUCCAUAAAUUAUUAAUGAAUAAACUAUCACUUCACACUUGUUAGUCUUGAUGAAAAUGCGAGGUGGAUUUUCUUCACUUUUAAAUUUAAGUUUACUAUGGGAACUAUUACUAUUACUAAAACUAUCUUAAACUUUGCAUGUUUCUUUGUCUCACUUGGUAUCAAAUAUUGUUAGCUACAAUUUUUUAUAGUAGUAUAAAAUGUAAGUAAUCAAUUAACAUAUAUAAAAUAUGUUAAUUGUUAGUAUUUUGAACUAUUAAAAUGAAAUUAGCACAAUGAAUAAUGUGCAUUAGCUAUAUGAGCUGCUGAUUAAGGUAAUAUUAUAAAUAUAACAUAAACAAACUUCAUUAAAGAAAAUACAAAUUCCCGUGUAUCCUUUAAAUUUUGUUUUUCCUAAAUUGUGAAACUAACCUACCAGUGAAAAUUUAAUCUCGUUAAUUUCAAAAUUGCUCUGUAGUUGUUUUUUUAAAUAUUAAACCAAAUUUGUUAUAUUUUUUUGUAAGUGUAGAAUAGAAGAUAAAAUAUCAAAAAUCAUUCACCAUGUUACAUAAUUUUUAAAAUAGUCACAAUUUCCAUAUUUUUUCAGUAUUUUGUUAAUUGGACAGCAUCAUGUUUAUCCUACCCCGAUAUGCUUGCUUUUGUCAGCAAAUGCCUUGGCUGGUUUUCUGUUGACAUUCUAUGUAUCCUGUGUAUGGAGUAAAACAUUCUUUCUUUUCUUCUACUAUACAAACUUGAUGCCCACUUUUAUACCCAUGGGUAUAACAGAAGGCAUAGCAGAAAUUGGGCAUCGUGUGAGGUGGGCUUAAGCAGAAUAUUUUUAUGAAAUUUUUUAAGUGGUUUUGUACUUAAUUUUGCUUUUCAUGUUUUCAUCUUGUCUAGCAUGACAGAAAUGAACUGUGUUAAUGUAUAUACAAUGCUAAGGAGUUGAGUUUAUAAUCCUAAUAAUUUGUUCAUAUUAUUAUUGCAAAGCAUUGGCUAUAUAUGUAUAUUUUUUUCUGAGGUCUAAAAGCUACACAUGUAUCAAGUUUACAUUUACUCUUGUUUUCUAAAGUCAAAUAAUGAGUAUGCAUACACUGUCAUUUUGAUGCAAAUUUUUUUGAUUAAAUAUUUGAGUGUAGAAUAUGUUUCUACAAUAAUUUUUUUUUAAAAUACAGAAUUAAGAGAGUGGUACUUUUACUUGUGUUAAUAAAUAAGCAAAUGUAACUUGUUGAUCUGGAAGUGUUAUUAUAAGAACAGUUAAUAUUUUACAAAUCAAAUUAAAAAAUAUAGGGAAACAUUUUUUUUCUCCACACUUCACAAGUGCAAAAAUACAUUAGGACAAAAAACAGAAAUAUAGUAUGGAACCCCAAUAGAGUGAUGUACAAUGCAAGGGGAAAAAACUGGCUAUGCAUUUUCUUAUACCAGAAAAAAAUUUUCUUUUUUGUUUGAAGAGAAUGAUUUAUAAUUUUUAAUUGUCACAAAUAAUUUGUUACAAAUAAAAAUCAUGAAAAUACUAUGUUGUAAAAAACAAAAUCCCAAUUUUUAGAUAAAUCUUGGCUUCAUAUGAGUCUCACUUGACAUAUGUAUUAGUAAUGAAUAAUAAAAAAAAUUAUUUGAGAUGUUGAAUGGAAUAUUAAAUUAUUCAUGAGUAACAAGUAUUUUUUUGAAUACUCCCAAACUCCUACUAACCAGAUGGGCAAAGAUUGCACACACAAACUCCCUUCCUUUACACCUAUGAGUCAAUUCUUAAUUUCAUAUUUGUCAUUGCCAUAUUGGCAGUGUGUUUUACCUUAUCAAAGUAGUAAAAAUUGGUCAUAUUGGCAGUUUUUUUUACAUUAUAAAAGUAGUAAAAAUUGUUAUCAUUGAUUCGUUGUAAUUUUUUUUCAUAAUGUUUGCAGCAUUUAUAAAUUUUUGUUUGUAGUUGUGUUGUAACUGUAAGAAGUAUUAAAGAAUUUGAUUAGCAUUUUGAUAUGCUUAAAACAGACUAAGGAUAAUAAUUCUUUUUAAAGACCUCUGCUACCCAGUUGCAUCAUUGGUUCUUCAGUGUUGGAUAUUUUAUAGGCGACUCAUUUUAUGUGACUUAGAGUUGCCUACAAGCUUAUGGUUACAGCAAACUGAUAAGGUAUGUUAUCUCUUGAUCAUUUUACAGAGUCUGCAUGGUCUAGUUUUUCAGUUAUUUUCACUUUAAAACAUAAACGUAUGUAUGUGUUAGAUAUUGUGCAAACUUUCUUAAAAAAUGGACAUCUUCAGUAGAAUACCAUUAAUAAGUGUGGGAGGCAUCAUGAACAGGCCAGAGUAUAAAAACUAAGAGGUGUACAUGCUAAAUAACAGUGUCAUAUUAAAAGAUUUUCCACAGCAAACAUAGCUUUUAAUUGUAGACAGUAUUUCAUACUCAAAUAUUAAUAGUAAAGUUUGAAGAAACAUUACAAACAUUUUGUGAAGCACAUAAAAAUGUAUUACAAAUAUCACAUAGUCAUUUGCUUUAACAAGUGAAACAGCAUGUUCAAUAGAUACUGCUUACAAAGACAACUAUUUCCAUGCCAAGAAUUCAAAAAUGGUGCCUAACUACCCUCAGAAACUGAUGAGAAAAGCAACAUUAGGUACCCUUCACGCUUGGCGCCACAGGAUACUGCAUCAGCUGCUUUAUUCUUUUGCUAAGUUUAAUUACUACUUGACUAAAUACUCCAUAUUUACUCUUUCUAAGAGAGACUGAUUGUUUGCAAAGAGCAGUGGCUUUACAUAUUAUUUAUUUUAAAAAUAUUUAGAUACUACAUACUUGCUUUUUAUACCGGUUAAGUCUUAAAUCAUAAAAAAAAACUACACUGGCAGCAAAAGCAACCCUUGGCAAUGCCUUCUCACCAGCACGUAACUCGACAAUACAUUGUGGCUUAAAGUCGUAAAGAUUACGCCUGGAAUAAACACUAAGAAUAAGUCUGCAAUACCACCAACAUUCACUUUACAAGAGCUAUAGAUUACAUCAAGUUAUGAAUGAUAUGUUUUGAGGCUCACUUUCAUAUAUUUUAGAACAUGUCAAAUUGAAAAACACUAAAACAGUAGUAAAAAAAUCAAAACUAAAGCAGAACAAUUAUUUAACGAUCCUUAUUUUUGUUUUAUUUUAAUAUUCUAAGUUAGUGCAGUUAAACUGCUUCAUAAUCAACAUAAAACUUAAAUGUUUUUCUUAUUUCUAUACCUACCAAUACUACAAACAAUCCAGUCAUUCAGAAAAUAAAAAGUCACACACAUAGUUGCACAAAAAAUAGUCAUUUGAACAAAUUACUACUACUGAUAUACUCCUAAGAAGGCCAUAAGUUUAAAAGGUUUAUAAUAAGAAAAAAACACAAAUUGUUUUUUCUUCUAUAAUUUAAAGAAGCAGGUGUACUUAUCACAUCCUACACACCACUGCACAAAACACAGUACAGUAUGUGUGUGUGUGUGUGAUCAUUAUCAGCAUACAAGCAAGCAUGACUGCAAUGGAAGAAACAACACUAUUAUUUAUAUAUGAAGCAAGGUAUAUAAGGUUUUUAAAAACAAUUAUAAUUAAAUUAUAUUGAUGGUUUGCAAAGCAGUUACAUUAUUUAAAGAUGAAGGAAUAUAUCCACUACACUAUGUAAUAAUAUUUCAUUUCUAAAAGAAUGAUGUAAUAUGUUUUCUUAUAACUGAGAUGCAUCAAAGACAAAACUAAAGUACAUACCUAUACCUCAAUAUGUUUGAGACAAGAAGAAAAAAGGUAAGCAAAUGUGAAUGGUACCUAAUUAUUAUUUGCAAAACCAUGACACCAGUGAAAUAAGUCUCUUUACAAUGUUAGACUACAACAUCUAACUCUAACUUGUGCAUUGGAAACACAAAAAAUGCAACAGCAAAGUAUAUGAAAAUUAAUUGACUUUUCAUUUCAUGGUUUUUAAACUCUGCUACAUUGGCACAGCCAUCAAAUUAUGAAUUAUUUUUUUAAUGUCUCUUCAUGAAAUACUAUAACAUAAUAUAAUCCUCAUUCUAGAUUUAUUGCAAGUUUCUACAACAGCUAACUAUAUAUUAUAUAUAUAUAUAUAUAUAUAUAUAUAUAUAUAUAUAUAUAUAUAUA